AUGUAUCAGUCGAUGGAUUUAGAUAAUGUUAGAAUUCACUCAGAGAUUGUCGAUGAAAAUGGUGGAUUUGACAAGGCAGAAGCAGAUAAUACAUUUGCUUUAGAACUACAAAAGAUUAUUCAACAAGAGACAGGUCAAAGCAAGGAUCCAAACCAUGACGUUCUGGCAGAAGCUCUAGCUACUGUAGAUGUCGACUUGCCUGAUGUUUCUAAUAUGUCCUCUCCUGGACUUGUUUACGCUACUGAGAAGCGCACAGAAGCGCCCAUAACUGACAAUAAGAAUUCGGAUCUUACUGUUGAACACAUAUUGGGAGACUUGCAAGUAGGAAACGAAGAAGACGAUGUUUUCACAAAGAAAUUGAAUAGCUUACUCUGCGACACUAAUGACAUGAAGCGUAGAUACGAGGAGGAUACCGAACAUCAACGAUCUUCUAACAAGAAGCAAAAGAGUGUUUAUGAAACAUUAUCUCCUCCGGAAUCCGUAUCACCAUUAUCUGACAAAAGUGAAACACAACAGGGUAAGGAAUCAAAUACUGAAAAGGACUACCUGCUACUAAGAAGAAAAGUUGCUUCGCCAAAAUUUUUGAAGCAAGCACCUUUACCACCUCCGCUAACUAACGAGUUCACUAUGAGGCAAGUGUCUGAAAUGAAGAAAAGAAUUAUCAAUACCCAUAAGUUAAUAUUAAAUUUCAAUUUUCUAAAGGAUGGCUAUGCAAGAACCUGUGAAGAAUUAAGUAAAACUGUCAUUAAGCUGAAAGAUAGUGAGUUUGACAGGGCUCGUUUAGUGAAAGAAAAUCAGGAUCUUAAGAAAUUGGUUUUACAAUUAAGCAAACAGUUGGCAGAAGGGAAAUGA